AUGGCAGUCACAUACUGGUUUAUCCAGCAGAGGGAGCAGCUUACCAGUGAUGGGAAUGGCUUUGGGAAUCUGCCGGUGCUGCUUUGUGGUGCAUUUAUUUCUCACCCAGAAGAUACACUCCAUUUUUUAGAAGAAAAGCUCAGAGAAAUAAUGGCAAAGGGAUUAGAUACUUUCUUAUGGUACAUACUCAAUUAUUGUCCGUGUAUGACUAAAGAAUUGUGUGCAAAAGAAUGGGACUUUUAUGGUAGAAACUUAAUGAAGCUUUAUUUUGGAGAAUGGAUAAAAUAUAAUUUGCUGAAAAGGAAUGAGAAAAAUCCAGUGGAAGGCUCUAGGAGGCAUUAUAAUGUCCAAUUAUUAAAAAUUAUUUUAUAGAAGUGGAACAUGUGGGUGCAGACUGACAAGGAAAGAAAAAGACAUGUGAAUUUUGAUUGUUUUGUAUCAGAUAUUUCAGCAGGUGAUGGUGUAAUUCAGUACUGCAAAUGGUUAUGGAUAUGUGACAUUUUAGUAUGUAAACAUGUAGAAAAUACUGUGCAGAAGUGAUGUCCAUGUGUGUUAUGUUUAGAUCAUUGAGGCUGCUGUUCUUUUUACUGGCCUAGCUUUAAAGUAUCAAUUGGUGAUGAAAAAGAACAAUUGGCUAAGAAUAAAAGCUUCCCCAGUCUACAGUAAAUGAGUUUAGCUCACUGCAGAAAACACAAAGGUUUACCAUACCUGGACUCUUGAAGAGGCUGUCACAAGUUCAUCUGUUUGAAAAUUCCAGGUUUCAUUCAGAGAUCCCAGGAUUCAUAUUUUUUUGCUGGUUGCUUGACAUCCAACGAGCAAGAAGCCUGUUGCAGAGUUAGAAAUACUGCCAAUGGCUACAGCUGGAUUCAAGAUUUGCUAAUCAGCAAAAUGUUAACUCUUUCAGAUAGAUGUAUUUAAGCUCUAGUUGAAAAACAGGUAAUGUCUGCUUUCUUUCUUGACUCUCCAAAACUUUCUCACACAACUUUUAAAGCCCUUGCAGAAUGUAAACUUUUGAAGGUCAGCACUGGAAGGAAUAACCAAAAUACUGAUUUAAGUUUCAAGCUGAUGAAUAAAUGCUGCCCAUACAUCAGGCACAUUCAUGUGGCUGAUUGCCAGAAGAUUACAUAAAUUGGUGUUAAGAUGAUUUCACCGUUGAAGCAUAUUUUUGUACUGAAUAUGGCAUUCUGCACAAGGGUCAGUGAUGGAGUGUUAGUGGUCAGUGUGAGGUCAUUUGUACAAGGUUCUUCGGGAGCUAAGCUAAGAGAGCUGAGUGGCUUGAGAGUCCUUGGCUGCCAUGGAAAAAUAUAGGAACUUUCUAUAUCACAAUGAAAAAACUUCUGUAAUGAUGGAAUUCAGAGAACUGAAGUGUCUGACGUGGGUCAAAGGAUUGAUGUAUUGUAUUGUAAUGGAGUUCUGCAAGGCACAGAAUACCUGGAGCACUGCCAUGUCUCUUAUUGCCCUGAGCUGACAGAUGAAGCUGUGACAACAAUGGCAUUCCACUGCCACAGACUGCCAUCAGUCAACAGUGGUUGCCCAAAGAUGAUUGAUACAUGUAUCCAGUACUUGGCUGCAGUCUGCCAUUAUCUCUCCUUCUUGGACAUCUCAGAUUGUAUUAAUUUUACUGACAACCUGAAAUAUCUUUGGAAAGGCUGUGAGCAACUCCAGAGUCUCACAACACUGUACUGUAGAAAAAUUACCAAACAAGCUGUCUUGAAAUCCACAGCUGAACUGGAGAAACAGGAACAUCCUGAUGCUGACCCUCCUUCCUGGCUUGGAUAUGACUGGGAUGGUAACAUACCACCUUCACCAAAAAACACAGAUCAGAGCCUGAAAAAACAUUCUUCAAAAUGA